AGACGGUGGCUUUGCAGGUUCCUCAGCCCUUUGGGCCAUGGUGGCAGCUCCUUCCAGCUGAAAGCAACAAAUGAAUACCGAGAAGUAUCGGAAGUUCCUGGAUGGGCUCAACAACCUGAAAGAUGAACGGGACCGGGUCCAGAAAAAGACCUUCACAAAAUGGGUGAAUAAGCACCUGAUGAAGGUGCGCAAGCACAUCAAUGACCUCUACGAGGAUCUGCGAGAUGGUCACAACCUCAUCUCUCUACUGGAGGUCCUUUCGGGUGUCAAGUUGCCUCGAGAAAAGGGGAGGAUGCGCUUUCAUCGCCUGCAGAAUGUGCAGAUCGCGCUUGACUUCCUCAAACAGCGACAGGUGAAACUGGUGAACAUUCGUAAUGAUGACAUCACCGAUGGGAACCCGAAACUCACCCUGGGUUUGAUCUGGACGAUUAUCCUUCAUUUUCAGAGGAAAGCUCGCUUCUGGCGGAAGAGGAAGGGGAAGAAGCCGAUGGCCCCAGAGAUGCCUGAGCUGAGAGCAGAGAGACCCUCCUCGAGGACUGAGAUAGCUGAGGAGGAGGAGGAGAAGAAGAAGUUCAGGGGGUCUCCUCUGAAGGAGGAGGGAAGAGCUGAGGACUUCCACCUGCGCGCUGCUUCCUACGAGGAGGCUUGGCUGCCUUUGAAGAGGGAGAGUCUGGAGCAAGGACACGUCGUGCAGGUGAGAGAGAAGUUUCAGGGGACUCUGGAGCGAGCUCACCUGGUGACCGAAAACACCUUUUCCCUAUCUGAAAGCCCAGGAGACUUUCUUGAAGGAGCCAUGGUCAUUGCUCACCUGCUAGACAACCCGGCAGAGCAGAACCGUGAAAAAGUGGCAAGCCAACUGGUGGCUUUUCAGAGGCCGGUGGGUUUGGGCAAGAGCCGAGCAGUUCUGGUGCCAUUGCUCAGGGAGGCCGUGCCUGGAGUACCAGGGGAGAAUCGUUUGGGAGAACUGGCAGUGGUGGGCUCUUGGGCUCAGCCAAAGUUGGAGGUCCUGCAGCAACAAGAAGGAGUGACAAUGAUGGUGGAAGAGUCCUACAAGAACUGGAGUAGCGAAGAAGGAAAUGAGAGUCUAUCGAGCACUAUUUGGGGAGCUUCUUAUGCAGCAGAUAAGGGCACUAUCUCCGAGCUGUCCACGCCGUCACCUAUGAUGGAUCAGGUGGAGCUCAAAGGGUUGGAGAAUCCUCUGCAACCUUCAUCUGUGCAAGAAACAACUGUUGGCAAGAGAGAAGGUGGCAUCCUAACCUCCCAAAGCAGGGUCUCUUUCAGUGGAUCAGCCUCCAGCGCCUUCCAAUCCUCCUCAGGAUAUGGCAGUGACUCAGUGCAUCAGCUGGUAAAGGCAACUGGGCCUUCAUUCUGCAGAGAGAGACACCUUGCCUCGGGGGGGAUAGUUGGACCUAACGGGAGAAGAGCCACCAAGGAGAGCAGCAGGCCAGCCAAAGGAGGG